ACGAGGAAACAUUGCUAAAGAUAAAGCAACUUGUGGAAAGUGGAUCAAAGACGAGAAAGCAAAGAAAUUUGAUCGCAAUGUUAGGGAGUUCUUCUUCCACUGCUGCUGCUGCUAUUCCUAUGGUUCCUUCUUCUCCAAAGCAUGAUGUGUUCCUGAGCUUCCGAGGGGAAGACACACGUGACAGCUUCACCAGUCAUCUUUAUGCUCAACUUUGCAGGAAAAAGAUUGAAACAUUCAUAGAUAACAGACUAGACCGAGGCGAUGAGAUCUCACCAUCACUCCGCAAAGCAAUUGAGGAAUCCAUGAUUUAUGUUAUCAUUUUCUCGAAAAACUAUGCUUCUUCCUCGUGGUGUUUGGAUGAACUCACGGAGAUACUGGAAUGCAGGAGAAGGUAUGGAAGGGAUGUGAUACCUGUUUUCUACAAGGUGGAUCCGUCAAGUUUGAGGCAUCAGAGAGGGAGCUACGCAGAUGCGUUUGUGAAGCAUGAACUGCGAUUCGAGGUUGGAAUUACACGGAGGUGGAAGGCUGCUCUAACUGAAGCAGCUGGACUCUCCGGCUGGAAUUCACACGUCACCAGACCAGAGUCCAUGCUUGUUGAUGGUAUUGUGGAAGAUAUUUUACGAAAAUUGGAUCGUUCUUCCUCAAGUGAUAAUCAAGGAAUGAUUGCAAUUGACAAGCAUAUUGCACAGAUCGAGUCCUUGUUGCACCUUGAGUCACCAGCUGUUCGGAUCAUAGGAAUUUGGGGCAUGGGAGGCAUAGGUAAAACUACACUGGCUCGAGCAGUAUAUCACAAACUGGAAGCUAAAUUCAGAUCCUGCCGCCUUGUUGCAAAUACUCAACAAGAAAUAGAAAGAGGUGAUUGUCUGCGUGAUAAAUUGGGAGUAAUGUUCAAUCGGGAAAAGGUUCUCCUGAUUUUAGAUGACGUGAACAAUUCGGUUCAGCUGAAAAUUUUGAUUGGAGGGCACGGUAACUUCGGCCAGGGCAGUAGGAUCAUUGUCACUAGUAGAGACAUGCAAGUUCUUAAGAAUGCCGAAGCUGAUGAUAUCUAUGAAGUCAAGCAGAUGAAUUUCCAAAACUCUCUACGGCUCUUCAGUUUAAAUGCCUUUAAACAAAACUAUCCCAAAGAAACUUAUAUGGCCUUGGUAGAAAAAGUAUUAAAUUAUGCUCAAGGGGUUCCAUUAGCUCUCAAAGUUUUAGGGUCACUGCUUUAUGGUAGAACAAAGAAAGCAUGGGAAAGUGAGUUGCAAAAGCUGGAAAAGCUUCCUGAUCUUGAAAUUUUCAAUGUAUUGAAGUUAAGUUAUGAUGGUCUUGAUGAUGAACAGAAGGAUAUUUUUCUUGAUAUAUCUUGCUUCUAUAUUUCACAUCUGGAGAAUGAUGUAGUAGAAACGCUAGAUUGCUUUGGUUUCUCUGCUGACAUUGGAAUGAAUGUCCUGAAAGAUAGGUGCCUUAUAUCUACCUCGGAAGGUGUAAUUAUGAUGCAUGAUCUCAUACAAGAAAUGGCAAAAGAAAUUGUUCGCCAGCAAGGUGUCAAUGAUCCUGGAAAACGCAGUCGAUUAUGGAAGAAUGAAGAAAUUUGUCAUGUUUUAAGAAAGAACAAGGGGACAGAUGCAAUCCAGUGCAUAGUCCUCAACAUGGACCACAUAGAAAAAGUUCAACUACUACAUGCUGAAACUUUCAAAAACAUGCCUAAUCUGAGAAUGCUCAAGCUCUUUAAGUCUUCUCUUUGGGGAAAAUCCAAUCUGGUCCUUCCUGCAGUACUUGAAGGUCUUCCAAAUGAUUUAAAAUUUCUUCAUUGGGAUUACUUUACUCAAAGAUCUUUGCCGCUGGACUUUUGUCCAGAAAAUCUUGUUAAGCUUGAGAUGAGUCAUAGCAAUCUUGAACAGCUUUGGGAGGAAGACCAGGAUUUACCACAUUUGAAAAUGCUCGAUCUUAGUUUUUCUGGGAACCUGAUUCGAAUACCAGACCUUUCUAAGUUCCCAAAUAUUGAAGAAAUAAUUCUUAGCUAUUGUGAAAGCUUGGUUCAAGUUUACUCCUCGAGUUUCCUCUGCAAGCUUAAGUAUUUAUGUUUGAGUGGUUGUGUUGGGCUUAGAAGUUUAAAUCUUCCUAGCAAUAUUCUUUCGAGAUCUUCUGGGUUAGUUCUCCUCGACAGUUGUGGCAAGCUCGAAACAUUUUCAAUUAGUAGUCAAGUCAAGGUGGUUGAAUCAUAUAGCUGUUCGGGUAGUGAUGGAUUUUUGGGAGCCAUAGAAGUUGACAAUGAAGCAAAGCUUCGCUGGACUUACCCAAAAGGUACAUAUGGCUAUGGCUUUCAUGAGAUGAAUGGAAGAAAUCUGUAUGUAACAUCUUUGAGAAUACUGAUGCCCUCACAAUCUUUGCAUGAGCUUUGCUGGUUAGAUCUUCGUCAUUGUCAGUCCUUGACUAGCCUUCCAAUUGACCUUUGUAAGUUGAAAUUGCUACGAAGACUUUAUCUGAGUGGUUGCUCAAAUUUGGAAAAAUUCCCUGAAAUUGAGGAGACAAUGGAAAAUUUAUCAGCAAUUGUCUUAGAUGCAACAUCAAUACAGGAACUACCUUCAUCCUUGUACCAUUUGGUCGGGCUCGAAGAGUUGAGCUUGCACAAUUGCCAAAGGCUUGAGAAUAUUCCCUCUUCCAUUGGAAGUCUCACCAAACUUAGCAAGUUAGGCCUUACCGGCUGUAAUUCACUCAAAACUUUUCCGAGUAGCAUUUUCAAAUUGAAGUUGACAAAACUUGAUUUGAAUGGCUGUUUGAUGCUAAAUACUUUCCCAGAGAUCUUGGAGCCUGCAGAAAGUUUUACUCACAUUAACUUAUCCAAAACAGCUAUUAAAGAACUGCCUUCAUCGUUGGAUUAUUUGGUCGGGCUUCAAACCUUGGGUUUGAACUUGUGCAGUGAUCUUGAGUCACUUCCAAACAGCAUUAUUAAUCUAAGCCUUCUCUCCCAGCUUGAUUGUUCAGGCUGUGGCAAAUUAUCUAAAAUCCCAAAUGACAUGGGUCGGUUGUCAUCAUUAAGGGAAUUGUCUCUGCAAGGAACCGGAAUUGUGAACCUUCCAGAGAGCAUUGCUUAUCUCUCAAGCUUGGAAUCACUGGAUGUAAGUGAUUGCAGAAAGCUUGAAUGUAUCCCACAGCUUCCGCCAUUUCUGAAACUGUUAACAGCAUUUGAUUGCCUUUCCAUUAAAAGAAUGAUGGCAAAUUCUAGGGUUAAACACCCCUCAGAUUCCAAAGAGGGUUCCUUCAAACUUCAUUUCAUCAAUAAUGAAGAACAGGAUCCAAGUGCUCUUAGUAAUGUUGUGGCUGAUGCAAGGCUUAGGAUCACCGGGGAUGCAUACAGCUCCGUGUUCUAUUGCUUUCCAGGGAGUGCAGUUCCUGAUUGGUUUCCUUUUCGUUGUGAGGGAAAUUCAGUAACUGUGAGUAAAGAUUCUCUGAAUUGGUGCAAUGAUGUUAGGCUCACUGGUUUCGCUCUAUGUGUCGUUUUGCAAGGAAUUGAUAUGGAUGAUAUUUGCAAAGAAGUCAGUUUUAGAUACAGAUUAACAUUUGAAUCUGAUGGUCGUACAUACGUUCUUCCCAACCGAGAUGGGCUAAACAAUUAUUUCUCUUGGAGGGGUCGAUGCAGAUUAAUCCUGCGAGAUCACACAGUCGUAUGGAAAUAUUGCUUAUUGGACUCUGCAAUCAUUGACAACGGGCUCUCUCAUGCCCAUAACUUCACUUUUGAGAUCAGCAAUCCAUUUUAUCUUGAAUUUUGUCCAGAGGUGAAAGAGUGCGGAAUUUUCCCUCUUUAUACCAAAGAAAAAAAUGAUAUUAAUGGUAUUGUUUACUCUUUAAGCUUCCAGAGAGUUUCAGAUAAUGAUUUUGAAGAACAUAGUGGGAAGAGGCAGUGCCUAAGGUGAAACUUGCUGUCAUAAGGUUUAGCUGUGAAUCAUGACCAUAUGCCAUUCAGUAUAUCAGUUAAAAAAUCCACUGGACCAUGUGCUGUGAACCACGACCAUUCCAGCUUUUGGGUAUUCAAAUAAUAACUUUGAAGAAAGUAGAUGAAAGAGGCAGUGUCUAAGGUGAAACAUCUGUCAUAUGGUUUAGCUGUGAAAUAUAUUGUGCACGAGAUUGUGUACAGGCUACGUGAAAAGUUGGUUGUGUGCCUGAUACCAAGCUUGUCCUCAACUCUGGUUUGUUGUCAUUCCCUCCCUGUCUUUUCUUUACCACUUAUUAAUUUGCAGUUUGCAUGCUCUUGUACGCUAGGUUACACUACUACAAGUAAGGCUUUUGCUAAUAUUUGGAUAGGUUUCAUACGGGUGAUAUUGUAACAUUUUUUUCUACUCAAGUAUUUUUUAUUCAUUUUUGUAACAAAUAAAAACAUUCUUUCUUGCUUUU